AUGACCCGAGGACGACCGACGACCGGGUGCAUCGCGACCCGACCCGACAGCGCCCUGACCGAUACUUUCCCGACAUCGUUUCCAACCCAACGCAGCACGCUCCUAAACUCGGCGGGCAGCAGCAUAUGCGAGGCGUGCACGAACCCGCGCGCUUCCGGCGGCGACGGAGCCGAUGCGUCACCGCCGGAGGUUGCGGAGGAGGCGCCGCCCGAGAACAUGUGGUGCUGCGCCGUGUGCACCUAUCACAACGCCAUGUUCUCGUCCCGCUGCGUCAUAUGCACACAGGGCACGCGACCGGAGCACCUGACCGGUGACGCGACGCAAGUGGACCCCGCCGCGGAGUUCACGCGCGUGUUCGGCGACGCCGACGCCUCCGACGCGGCGCUCGAGGCCAAACUCCAGGAGCUCUGCACGUACCUCCUCGCCUUUGAGGAACGCGGCGAGGUGUUCGGCAGAAGGAACGACAGGAGGAUCAUGGAGUGCCUCGCGAAGCUCCUCUCGGCGUACGUGGAUCCGCCCGUGGAACCUACGAGGCCUGGCAAGGAGAAGAAAGGCGCGGCGACGGAGCCGGCUGCGGCGGUUGCCGCCCCCGCCGGCGCCGGUGGCGGAGCCGCCGGCGGGGCCGCGACGCCGCGGAGGGGCAGGAGCGCGAGGGGCGGGACCGCGGGAGCGUCCGCGUCCGCGUCUCCGACGGAGGGCGGCGCGACGCGUGAGGCUCAUUCGCUUCCUCUUCGCGAGGCGGCCCCGACGCCGCCUCGAAAGCGCGGGGUGAACGUGAUGGAGCUGGUGUGCAGGGCGCUGUGGACCUACGAGGAGGUGACGGAGCUGCACUCGGAAGAGGGGUACGGCCCGAUGCUCGCCGAGGCUCCGAUGCGCGCGCUCCUCUCGGUUCUCGAGCCGACGCCCGCGGCUCGGACCCUCGCGGCGGCGCGGUCCGAGGCACCCGCGACGGAGAAGCCCAAGGGGAAGGAUAAGGGGAAAGGGAAGGCCAAGGCCAAGGAGCCCGAGGUGGAGGUCCCGUUUGUACUUCCGCCUCCUCAAUCCCUGGAUCCGGACAGAAGGCUCGCCGCCGAGGAGUCCGUGAAGCUCAUCAUGCUCCUCGGACAGGUGCGCAGGGGCGGCGCGACGGCGUCGAGGCGCGACAUGCUGAUUCGAAGGGUCUUCCCCGGAACGGGCGGCCUCGAGGCUCGCCGCAUCGUCAUCCGGCUGGGCGGGCUGGCCGUCCUGGGGGAGUACACGCGCGCGUGCUACAAGGACGGACGGACCGCCAACGCGCUCGACGCACUCACGCUGAUGCAGGGUCUGUGCCAGGUGAGCAGAGAGCAACCCGGCGAGGCGUUGGCGCCCACGCUCGUGUCCCUGCUGCGGGACGACUCGGCUGCGGCGCUGCACCACGAGUGCCUCCGCUGCCUCGCGUCCGUGUACGCCGCGUGCGGCGAACGCGAGGGCGCCGUGCUCGCGCUCGUGGACCUAUGCUUACCCGCGCUACUGGCGAAGACGCUCGGGAGGGGAGUCACGACGGAGGAGCCCGCGGGAGGGUCCGGGCGGGGGGACGAGUCUGGCGGCGACGCCUCGACGUCCGCGACGUCCGCGUCGACCCCCGUGAUGGACACGGCGUCGCGGCUCGUGCUGUGGUUCUUCUCGCCCAACACCCCCCGCGUGGCGCAUCUGUGCUUCAAGGAGGGCGUCCUGGACCUCUUGUCGGACGCGGAGGUUCUGACCAGAGCGUGCGCGAUGGACGGCUCGGGCGCGACGACCUCCGCGGUGACGCUCCUGCUGCAGGCGACGGAGAAGGCGUUGGCGCACUUGUUCGCGCCGGACGUUUCGGCGGAUGGCGCGAAGAAGAAGGCGGAUGACGUCGCCAAGUCCGCCGCGGUGGCUGCGCUCGAGGCGUCGCACCACGGCUUGCAAAUCGGCGACCGCGUGCGGGACAUUCAUCACGAUACGAUUGGCGAGAUCAUCUCGCUGAUGUCUGGCGGGCGAUGCCUCGUGGCCUGGGACGAGCGAACGGACGAGUCGGAUGAGGACGACGAGGAGGAAGACGAGGACGACGAUGAGGAAGACGACAUGGACCACGAUGGGGACGUCGACGAGCUCCCCGGACACGGCGACGUACCCUCUGCGUACCUCGAGCUCGUCGACGACGACGGGGAGCGGGGUCCCGUCGGCCACGCCGCCGCCCUCGCAGCCGGCGCACCGCCCGCGCCGCGCGCGCCGGGCGACCCCAUCGGGUUCCGCGGCGGGCCCGAAUCGGGCGGCGGGGCGUUCGCGGCGGCGCUGCCGGGCUCGCGAGAGUUUUGGAUCGGCGCGGGGGUGUCGGCGAGCGCCGCGCCCUCGACGUCGGGCGACCCGGUUCGCGCCGCGAAGGAGGCGUCCGCGGUGGAAUCCGCCGAGUUGGUUCCCCUCGCGCGACGCCUCGAGAUGGCGCGCGUGUUCACCGCCAGGCUCCUGCCCGCGCUGCUCGCCGCGCAGCGGACGGCGGCGCACGAGCCCACCAAGCGCCUCAUGUUGCGCCUGGUGCUGUCCUUGCUGAGCCACGUCGGCGAUUCGAGGUUACCCGGGGACGAUUUCGCCAGUUUGCUCUCCCUGCUGGGCACGACGUUGAGCGACGCUCAGUCGUCCGGUUUGCUGAUACUGGCGCUCCAGGUGGUGGACUCGCUAAUCAGGCUAGACGCGGGCAACGCGCGAGAGCUUCGUCGGCACGGUUUGCUGCGCAGGAUCGAGCAGCUCGCAUCUAAGGGUGCCGCGGAUGGCGAAAAGGAGGGUCGGACGAGUCCGAGGCGGCGAACCCCGUCGUCGCUCGGCGCCGCGCUGCAGGCGGCGACGGGCGCGCCGCCGACCGGCGGUGGGAUCACCGGCGCCGCGAGAGAGCAGGAGCAGGUGUACGCGAUGGCCAGGCAGACCCUCGACAACGCGCGAGCGGCGUUCAAGACGCGGGACGGCGCGCCCGGGACGUCGGGCGUCUCCGCCGACCGGCUCGCGUUGACAGCCGCCGCCGUCGCGUCCGGCGACGCCUCCGCGGUGAGGCAGCUCGCGUCGAUGCUGGUUAGCGCCGACGGCGUCACCGUGUACGAGAUGGAGGAGGCACGGCUCGCCACGGCGCUGCUUCACUACCUCGUGGGCGACGGAGCCGCGACGACGGAGCCGUCGACGCUGGCGACGCGGCGAGACGCGUUUAGGAUUGCGUUUUUGGAACCCGCCACGCCGCCGAGGACCGACGAGUCGCGACGAGGGGAACGGGAGGAUAAGGCGAACGCCGCGAUCGGCGGCAGUUCCGAACGCACCGCGUUCGCCGUGCUGCUCAGGCUCCUCCACUCCACCCUGGAACUCAACGAGCAACUGCCGGUGUUCCGCAACCUCGCGCUCGGGCACCGACCGCCGGCGGAUGCGAACAGGCCCGGCGGUCCACUCGGGGCGGUCACGGGUGUCGACGCCUCUGCUAAGCUGGCGUCUGGCCUGAACAUGCUCGCCGCGCCCCUUCGCUUGACUCUUCGGCGCUCGCCGCUCGCGACGCGCGGCGUGACCGACCUCGCGGGCGCGCCGCUUCACGCCGGGCCCCUAACGCCGUCCGCGGCUGUCGAGCACCACAUCCUACGAAGGGUCGUCAUCCUCGAUCCGGGGUACCGGCGCUGGUGCGACGCGCUCGUCGGGGGUAGAAUCUGGCUCUGGAUACCCGGCACGGUGAACAGGGAGGACGUCGACGCGGUGGAAGACGGCGAGGAGCCCCUCGCUGUGACGAGCCCGCGGGGCCGCCGUCGCCGGGGCGGGGCCGCGGCGGCUUCACCCGCCGAGGCUGAAAAGGCUGGUCGAUGGGCCGCCGCCGACGUCAAACGGUACAAUCCGACGACGGGGAGGCACGCGCUCAUCGUCGAGGGCGGCGCGGGUUUUAGGCUCGAGCCCGCCGCGCGCCCCGCGCUUCAGCACGUGGCGCUCGUCGAGCGUAAGUACCGCGUCAUCCACCGCCCGGAGCCCACGCCGACGCCCGAACCAGAGAAACCCAGGCCCGGCAAGGACAAGAAGAAACGGUCAAAGCCCGACGCCAACGCGGACAAGGCGGAUGAAUCGUCCCGCAAGCGCAGGCGCAAGGCCAAGUCGCCCGUCAAGGCGAUCAGGCCCGAAGAUGCGUUCAAGGAUACCUUCCGCGUCAUCCUGCUCCAGCCCGAGGCGGACUGGGAUGUCGACACGUUUGUCGAGAACCACCUCGAUCAACUGUGGAACAUCCUCGAGGAGGAGGCUUCGAAAUUCGCCCCCGCCGCACCCUCUGGAGCCGCCGCGCCGCCCGCGGAGACGCCGGAGGACGCCGCCGCUCGCGAGAUCACCGCCGCGGUCGCCUCACGGCUCGACCGAGCGCUCGGUCUGAGCCCGUCGCAGAUUCGCUCUCGCCACCGGCGGGUCAACGCCGACGGCGACGUGGACGACGGGGAGGUGGAGACGGACGACGAGGGCAUCGUGGAGCUUCACGAGGAGGACAUCGGGUCGAGGGCCGCGCUCGGAUGGGACUCUUUCGCGCACUUCGAGGAGGAGGUCAUGGACGCGCUGGAGAAGGACAUGGCGGUGCCCGUCGUGAAGAGAGCGAGCCGGGAGGUGUGCGACGCCAUCGCCGCCGCCGUGACGGGGCACUCCGCCAGUCUCACGCCCGCGGUUCGUCUCAACCCGCGCGCCAAUGCCCCUCCUCAGACGCACGCGUGUCGACCGCCGCUCGGGGCGCGCGUCGUCAUCGAGCCCCGCGCGGCUGAGGAGGCGCGACAGAGGGCGCGAAUCGCGAUGCAGGGCCUCCCCGCGCCGCCGCCCCCCGUCCCUCGCGGCGGCGCGGGGGAAUCGCGACCGGACCCCGACGACACUUGGCUCGCGGGAACCGUCGUGCGGCACCGCGCGGCGGACUCCAUGGACGUGGAGCUGGACACCGACGGUGCGCUCGUGGAGAACGUGCGCCUCGAAAACCUGCGGAUGGGCGACGAGGAGGAGGACCGGACGGCGGCGGCGCUCCUCCCCGUCGCAACCGCGGGAGCGUCGAGCGGCGGCGGCACAGCCGGUGGCACAGCCGGCGGCACAGCCGGCGGCACAGCUGGUGGAUUCAGAGUCGGCGAUAACGGCGAGAUACAGCUCGACGUGCACCUGGGCUCGAGCAGGGAGCAGGUUCACUCGGCGGUCGGGGAGAUGCUGCGGGGCGGCGUGAGCCGCGACGAGAUCCUCGAGGCGCUUUUGCGAGCCAGCGGGGUCUCGUCAGGACCCGGCGGUUCCAUCACCUUUCGUCGACUACCGGGCACCGACAACGACGUCGGCGUGUUCAGCGUCGUCUCUUCCCGAUCACCGAUCCCCCCGGGCGUCGGCGGCGGGCUCGCGAGGUCGUGGUCCGGGCUCGACAUCUCCGAGGCUGGCCGCGACGGCACGCGAAUCAUGCGCAGCGACAUCUCGCUCGACCAGCUUCGAAGGCGCGGCGACGAGGAGGCCAUCGCGCGUGCGCCGUCGCAGCCUCCGUCACGCCCGGCGUCCCGGGGACCGCCGCGUGCGCCUUCCCGCCCGCCGUCGAGGCUGGGCGGGCCGUCGAGCCUCUCCCCGGAGAAGGCUUCCGUCCCGCCGCCGCCGCCGCCGCCGAGGAGGUGCGAGAAGCCCCCGGUUGUCCGCGUCAGGUUCGCGCUAGCUACGCCGGAUGAUUCGGGUGCCAUGGCCGCCUCCCUCUUCGCGGCCAAGCCGCCCGGGGUCCCGAACGGCUCCGCGACGAGGGUCCCGACGCUGAGCGCCCCGCCGUUCCCGGGAUCUACCGCGGGGAUUUACGCCGCCCGCGCUCGAGCCGCGGCGGGGUCGCCGCCGACGACGCUCAGAGCCGCGCCGGGCAGCGCGACGCUCUUCCACACCCUCCGAUCGCUCGCGGCUGCGGCUACGACCGCCGCGAGGAACGCGGGCGACGGGGAGGAUAACACCGCGAACGUCGUCGUCGGCUCGAUGGACCACGACAGGUGGUUCGCGCGUUCCGUGCUCCACUACGACGUCCGCGUUGAGGGCCUCCCCGCGGGGAUGGCGUCGACGGCUGAGGAAAUUUCCGCGGCGACGCCCGAACCGCCGCCGCCCCUUCCCGCGCCCCGACCGCCGCCGCCGCCGCGCGCCAAGUCCGAACCGGACCUGUGGGCCGUGAGUGACGUGCGCGAACGGCUCGUCGGCGGUCGGUCGCCGAAGCUGACGAAGACGACGGUGGUUGCGCGGCUCAGGGCUGUUUGCGGUUCCGACGUGUUGGCCAAAAGAGACUUGAGAGGUUCGAACAAAGCGGCGGCGAACCGCGUCUCGGCGAGUAAGCUGGCGGAUAUUUACGCGGAGCUCCACGAUGAGCACGUUAAGGCGCUCGCGAGCCCGGUUCGGAUGGACGACGGCGACGGGAACGGGGACGGGGACGGGGACGGGGAAGUCGAGAUGCCGACAGUUCCCGAUCCGUCGCCCCCGGUUGAGGGCGCGCGCGUCGAGGAGGAUGCGUGGGCGCUCUACUGGGAGCUGCUUCGCGCGGGCGUAGGCGGCGAGGGGCGCGGUCCCCCGGAGCCCGCGCCCAUCCGCGCGCUCGCUCCCAGCGCCGCGUCGGGCGAUAUCGACGAGCGUCCGACGCCCGGGUCGUCCAUCGCGUCGUCUUGGAUCGCGUGCGGGGGCGGCCGAGACCCGACGGCGGCGGCGGCGGCGGUGGCUUUGCUCGCCGCGCUGCAUCGGCGGUUCGGCCCGGUGGGCGGGUCGACCGCCUGGGAGAACAGCCGCGUCGCGCAGAAGCUCCAGGCUCAGCUCGAGGACGCCGUCGCGGUCGCCUCUGGCGCGGUGCCGGCGUGGACGCACACCCUGCUCCGCGGAGCGUGGUUCUUGUUCCCGUUGGAAGCGAGGCUGCGACACUUCCAUAGCACCGCUUUUGGUACCAGUCGAUCGGUGACGUGGGUGCAGGAGCACGCGGGCGCCGGCGGCGGCGUCGGCGGCGGCGACGGCGACCCCGCGCGGCCCCGCGGUGGCGCCAGGCGCCUCGGUACGCUCAAGAGAGAGCGCGUGACGGUUCGUAGGGACCGCGUACUCGCCGACGCUGACGUGUUGAUGCGCCACCACGCCAGACACAAGAGCGUCCUCGAGGUUCUCUUCACCGACGAGGAGGGCUUCGGAGGCGCGGUGACCAAGGAGUUCUACAACAAGGUGGCCGACGCGCUUCAGCUCAGGUCGGAGAACACCGCCACGAUGAUGUGGGUCCCCGACGAGGACGGCGACGAUGGACCGGAGCACCUGUGGCAAACGCGCGGGCUGUUUCCGCACCCCCUCCCGCCGAGGUCGCCCGAGUCUGAGCUGGCGCGGCGCAGGUUUCGGUUCAUUGGGCGGCUGGUGGGCAAGGCUCUGCUGGACGGUCACAUCCUCCCGCUGCCCCUCAACCCGGCGUUCGUCCGCGUCGCGAUCCUGCGCGAGACGCUGACGGAGGAGGACCUGCCCGCCGUGUACGACGAUAGGUGCGCGGGCGGCGCGGUGGCUCGAUGGCUCUGCGGAGCGGUUCGAGACGUCAGGCGCCACCGCGAGUGCGAGCGGCGGGUGUUCAAGAUUGGGUCAUCGGGCGACUGCGCCGACGAUACAGACGACGCGAGCGACGCCCAUCUGAGGAUGGGGUUGGGCGAUGGCGACGAGGCUGUGGACGCCGCCGCCGUCGACACCCAUCUCGAGCGGCUCUCCUACCUGUCGUACGCUUGCCCGGUGAGCCGGGUACCGCUCACCGCGGAGAUCUUCGAAUGCGGAGACGCGGAUGACGAGAACGAUUCACCCGCCACGCGCGCCGCGCGCCGCCUCGCGCGCCACGUGGACGCGGGCGAGCACGAGGUGCACGUCGGUAACGUGGAGCAGUACCUGGCGGACGUCGUGCGGUACUGGUUCGCCGACGGCGUCGCCGCGCAGGUUGAGGGCUUCCGCGAGGGUCUCUCGGAGAUUUUCCCGGUGGAUGCGCUGAAAGCGUUUAGCGCCGAGGAAAUCACCGAGCUCGUGUGUGGCAAGGACGCGAUCGAGUGGACCCGCGAGGAGCUCCGGCGAUCCGUUCUGCCCGGGUUUCAGUACACCGCCGAGUCCCCGCCCUACCUGUGGCUGCUCGACGUGCUCGUGGACGCGCCGGAUCACGAGCGCCGAGGGUUUUUGGAGUUUGUCGCCGUGUGCCCGAGGCUGCCGCCGGGUGGCCUCGCGGCGCUUCCCCGCGGGCCCAUACGCGUCAACCGCAUGGACCCGGUCGAUAAGCUUCCGGAGGGGAGGACGUGCUCGCAGGAGCUUCGGCUGCCGGCGUACGGGAGUAAGGAGGAGCUGGCGCGGAAGCUGCGGCUGGCGCUGCAGUGGAGGAACCACCUCGGGAUCCAGUAA